AUGCCGGGCGAAACAGAACCCCUCCUCCCUCGUUAUGAGGAUGAUACCUCCCGUCAGCGACAGCUCCACCAGAAGCUGCACUCCUACCAGAUGCUCCGCGCCCUGUCCGAGGGGUACAUGCCAUCCACCGAACAGACCAUCGCCAAUCUGCGCACCCUGCUAGCUUCCGACAUACUCAAUAUCCGUAACCAGGACAUCGGCAGUGUGGGGCGACAGCUCGUGCGCGACUGUCGCCUGUGGAUCCAGGUGUUCAUCGAGUUUGUGCUGGACAAGAACAAUCAGGAUCAGCUACAGGAAUUUCUAUGGCAUCUGGCCCGGUCUAGAGCCUCGCUGGAUAGCUCCCGAGUGUCCCAGCAGGCAGGCAAGAUCAAGGCGCGCGCGGAUACUAAAGCUGCGUACGACAGUUUCCGCACAGUGGGAUCCUUGCUGCUGACGAACGCCGAUUUCCGUCUUUUCGUCGACGAUGUUGCUACAAUUGGCCGCCAAAUCUUCGCUGACACUGCUUUUUCCCUGUCCGAAUCGUCCAAGCUAGUCGCCGAACAGGUUCAACCUUCAGAGCAGGAACAAGCAGCAGUUCAAGGUGCCGGGGCCGAUCAGGGUCGUGCCGUGUCGGGGGAAGAGAUCAGGGAGGAAGCUGCCCACGUAGCGGAGGUAGCCGGUGAAGGAGUCGCUCGCACCAGCCGCCAGGCAUUGGAGAGCGCAAAGGAGCAUCUAUCGGGCCAAGAGAGGGACACGUUGCUCUACCGGUUGAAACAGUCCGUUCAGAAACUGCGUGAGAGGUCCGACUACUCAGACUCUGUUUCAACAAUCUCACAAUUGGUUCAACGCUAUGCCAAGCUCUAUUCAACUGCCGCUGAAGAGACAGCGAGCGCCGCACAGGAAGACAUCGAUGUCAAUGCCGACUUGAAGCAAGCCGUGGAUCAAUUCUGGGAGCUGCUCAGGCUGUUCGGACGUUCAGAGGAAUGGGACCGACUGCGACAAAAGUUCCACAAUGUCCUGCGCCAUGCCAACAAGGACCCUGAAUUUGAAAAACUGAUGGACGAAGUGGGUGCCUCAUUGCGAGACAUGCUUACUGACCCGGGAUUUUUUGAUGCUGCGCCGCAGAAACUCGACGAGCUGAAAGAGCAAUCUGAAAAGGUGGGCUCGGAGACCAACCUACGCAGAGAUGUAGACGACUUCCUAGCACAAACCAAACGGACUUUGCGAAUGGUUCCUGAUGAUCCAGCUGUGUCCAAGGUCAUUGGCGCAACCAAGAAGCUCUAUCACGAUGCGUGGGAUGCCUACAAUGACAAAAAAACCGACCUUCCAGCAGACCUGGUCAAUGUUUUCCUACCUAUUUUCUUACGAAGCAUCCAAUAUAUCCCCAUCCCCCGACUGGAGGUUUCCGCGCCGGAGCUGGACCUGCUUGUUGAGAAUUUAAUCCUGGAGCCGGGUCGCACAGUCAAUUACUCUUCAUUCCUUCCUUAUCGCAUGCACAUCGGGACUCGCAACGACAUUGAGAUUGUCAAGAAACAUUCGAAACGCACAGAGACAGGCAUCAAAACAGCAUUCACAGUAACAGUCCAAGGUCUGAACAUCAGCGCUCAGGAUUUCGGGUUCUGGCUCCGCACGCGCGCAGGUUUAAUCUUCCACCUCAAAGACGAAGGCAUUGCCAGCUUCUACCUCGACCGUCGCGGCGUUGACAUUUCCCUCGACGUAGAAGUCGGUCGUGGCGGCUUGGAGCAGAUCUUCACAUUGCGUGGAGUGCGGGUCUGCAUCCACAAGCUUGACUACAAAGUCCAGCGUAGCAAGUGGAAGUUCCUUCUGUGGCUGACCAAGCCGUUCCUGAAACACUUCGUCCGUCGCGUUCUGGAGAAGAAGAUCGCCGAGGAGAUCGUGGCUGCGGCCUUCGCCCUGAAUCGGGAACUGGUUUUUGCUCGCGAGCGUCUUCGCGCUGUCCGCAUUGCAAACCCCCAGGAUCUGGCUACUUUCGUCAGAGCUGUGCUGGCACGACUGAAGCCGGCGCCAAAUCUGGAUAUAGAAGCCAGAGUGGGGAUUGAUGCGCCCCAAACUGGUGUAUUUAAGGGGGUUUAUGCUCCUGGAAGUAUUGUUAAGACGUGGCAUGAGGAGGCCACUCGGGCUCAAGAAGCUAUCGAGGAUGGGGAUGAGAGUCAUGGUCUGGGACGGACGUGGAGGAAUGACAUCUUUGAUGUUGCUGGAACGAAUUUGUAG